UGCGGAGUCGUGCGUGUUGAUGUCAGAGAGCGAGAGCGAGAGCAGAAGAGACGCCGAAAAAAAGGUCCCGUUUCGGCAGGAGGCUGACAUGGCUCUCAAUCGGAAUCACUCACAGAACGGCGGUGUUCUCAUCAACAAUGGCGAGUGUCUACUAAGGGAGGGCAGGGAUGUGGAGCUGUCCUUCAGUGAUGUCACCAGCAAGACGGAGCUUCUCAGAGGCACAAAGAAAGGAACCGUCUACCUAACGCCAUACAGGAUGGUGUUUGUGUCCAACAAUGCUAAGGAUGCCCUGCGCUCCGUCAUGUUCCCCUACUACCUGAUGAAGGGCUGCAGCAUUGAGCAGCCUGUAUUUGCUGCCAACUACAUCAAGGGCACCUUGUUGGCUGAGCCUGGGGGUGGUUGGGAGGGCAAAGCCAAUUUCAAGAUGUCUUUCCCAAGUGGAGGAGCCAUCGAAUUGGGUCAGCACCUCUUCAAACUGGCCACGAAUGCAUCUCGUGCCCCUCCUGCUCAAAAUGGGGGUCCCUCGUUCGGCUAUCCCUCUCCAGGAGUUAUGAAUGGAUAUGGACCACCGCCAGGUCCUUACGGUUACCCAUAUGGAUACCCUCCCCCUCAGAAUGGCUUUGCUGGGGCUCCCUCUGCACCUCAGGGCAACAUGGGCUGCCCCUUUCCUCCACCCUCUGCAGGAAUAUACCCCUCUGCACCAGUGUACAUGCCACCACCCCCACCCUACCCCGGACCCCCUCAGAACUGGACAGCUCCCCCCCCAGGAAACCCCAAAGCAGCAGAAGCGGCAGGCAGUGCCUACUACAAUCCCAGUAACCCCCACAAUGUCUACAUGCCUAUGGAGCAACCGCCACCAUAUGAACCAUACACACCCCAGCCCGACAAAAAGAACAACUGAGGCAAAUGAAACAAGAGGUACUUUCCUGACACACAUGUCCCAGUCCUCUAACCACGGCAGUGUAACUAACAACUUGUGUUUUUGGAGUAAUAUAAUUAAAACAAUAUUGUCUUAAUCAGCAGUCAGACUGGACUGUGCUUCACAUUUGUAAUCAAAGAAAAUCUCUAGGAGCAUAUUAAUAUUCUCUUCUUUGUUUCAUGAUAUUAUGGGGACCAGUCUAUGGUAAUGUCUAACAAACAGGAACCCUGUGUCUUAAUGGCUUCCUGGGUUCCUCUCUUUGGUUUAGUUAAUGUAAAGUAGGAAUCACUUUUGAGGAAAUAUACUGGCCUGUGUUUUUGAAGAUAAUAAUAAUGGUAUUUGUAGAAAAAAAGAAUAGUGUACCAAAUGUCUAUACAGUUUAAAAAAAAAAAAAAGCUUUUUGAAAUAUUUUCUCUGUAUCCUAAUAAAAUUUAUUUGUUGUGAUAAAAUUGCUGCUUUUACAUAGAUUAACAUUUCCAUUUUGCCAAUAAAUUACUUUUGUGCUUUUG